CUGGCAGCCGGCGGUCACGGGCAUAUCCGUCGCGCCGAGGACGCUGGGUUAGUCUCGCUCUGGGUUCCGGCUGCGUCGGCCGUGCGUGCGUGCAGCUCGCUGGGAACGAUGGCGUCCGGGCCUCCUCACCCGACCUCGACCGCGGCCUCAGCCGUCGUCGUCGCCGCCUCCGCCGCCUCCUCGUCGGCCGCCCCGAGCGCCGGCGGCUCCAGCUCGGGCACGACGACGACCACGGCGACGACGGCGACGGCGGCCGGAGGGAUCCUGAUCGGCGACCGGCUGUACUCGGAGGUGUCGCUGACCAUCGACCACUCGCUGAUCCCCGAGGAGCGGCUCUCGCCCACGCCGUCCAUGCAGGACGGCCUCGACCUGCCCAGCGAGACGGACCUGCGCAUCUUGGGCUGCGAGCUCAUCCAGGCCGCCGGCAUCCUCCUCCGGUUGCCUCAGGUGGCGAUGGCCACGGGGCAGGUGUUGUUCCAUCGGUUCUUCUACUCCAAGUCUUUCGUCAAACACAGUUUCGAGAUUGUUGCCAUGGCCUGUAUCAAUCUUGCAUCAAAAAUCGAAGAAGCACCAAGAAGAAUAAGAGAUGUGAUUAAUGUGUUCCACCACCUCCGCCAGUUAAGAGGAAAAAGGACUCCAAGCCCUCUGAUCCUUGAUCAGAACUACAUUAACACCAAAAAUCAAGUUAUCAAGGCAGAAAGAAGGGUGCUAAAGGAGUUGGGAUUUUGUGUUCAUGUCAAGCAUCCCCAUAAGAUCAUUGUAAUGUAUUUACAAGUCUUAGAAUGUGAACGUAACCAAACCCUGGUUCAAACUGCCUGGAAUUACAUGAAUGACAGUCUUCGAACCAAUGUUUUCGUUCGCUUUCAACCGGAGACGAUAGCAUGUGCUUGUAUCUACCUUGCAGCUAGAGCACUUCAGAUUCCAUUACCUACUCGGCCACAUUGGUUUCUUCUUUUUGGUACCACAGAAGAGGAGAUUCAGGAAAUCUGCAUAGAGACACUUAGACUUUAUACCAGGAAAAAGCCUAACUAUGAAUUGCUGGAAAAAGAAGUAGAAAAACGAAAAGUAGCCUUACAGGAAGCCAAAUUAAAAGCAAAGGGAUUGAAUCCUGAUGGAACUCCUGCGCUUUCAACUCUUGGUGGAUUUUCUCCAGCCUCUAAACCUUCGUCACCAAGAGAAGUAAAAGCUGAAGAGAAGUCACCAAUCUCCAUUAAUGUGAAGACAGUCAAAAAAGAGCCCGAGGAGAGACAACAGGCUUCAAAAAGCCCUUAUAAUGGUGUAAGAAAAGACAGCAAGAGAAGCAGGAACAGCAGAAGUGCUAGUCGAUCAAGAUCAAGAACCAGAUCUCGCUCUAGAUCACACACCCCAAGAAGACAUUAUAAUAAUAGGCGAAGUCGAUCUGGAACAUACAGCUCAAGAUCAAGAAGCAGGUCCCGCAGUCACAGUGAAAGCCCUCGAAGACAUCAUAAUCAUGGUUCUCCUCACCCUAAGGCCAAGCAUACCAGAGAAGAUUUAAAAAGCUCAAAUAGACAUGGUCAUAAAAGGAAAAAAUCUCGGUCUCGAUCUCAGAGCAAGUCUCGGGAUCACUCAGAUGUUGCCAAGAAACACAGGCACGAAAGGGGACAUCACAGAGACAGGCGUGAAAGAUCUCGUUCCUUUGAGAGAUCCCAUAAAAGCAAGCACCAUGGUGGCAGUCGCUCAGGACACGGCAGGCAUAGGCGUUGACUUUCUUUCUCUGACACUGCAUCAUCGCUUCUGGUUGUGCAGUGUGAUGUAUGGACUCAAUCAAAACAUGAAGCAAACUGAUUAGGAAUUGAUUUAUUAAAAUUGUCUAGGUCUCUAGAAACACUGAGGACAUUUUCUUUGGAAAAGAACUAUGUUAAGGUUUUUUGCACAUUAAAAUGCCCUAGCAGUAUCUAAUUGAAAACCAUGGUCAGGUUCAAUUGUACUUUAUUAUAGUUGUGUAUUGUUUAUUGAUACAAGAACUGGAGUGUGAAUUCUGUAAAAAUGUAUCUUAUUUUUAUACAGAUAAAACUUGCAGACACUGUUCUAUUUAAGUGGUUAUUUGUUUAAAUGAUGGUGAAUACUUUCUUAACACUGGUUUGUCUGCAUGUGUAAAGAUUUUUACAAGGAAAUAAAAUACAAAUCUUGUUUUUCUAAA